AUGUUUUUCGCUUCGAACAAGAAAUACCCGGCCGCGCAGCCCUCCAAGAACUAUACGACAAUGCUGUUGCUGCCUUUUCUCCUCGUCGCCUGUGUCGGUGUUUUCGAGUUCGGGUCCAUUGUUACAGCCGUACGCUUGACCUCUGGAGCGGCUUCGAGAUCAGCUCAACAGCAAGGAGACACUGUGGAUAAGGAUACGUACGUGGCGUGUUUGUUUCGAGCAGGGCAGGUGCAAGUUGAGUGCCAUCGCAGUGCUACCUCGCUCGAUGCGAUGGUCAGAAACGCAAUAGUCGAGAAGGAAGCUGGACGGCCCCGGACCUCUUCCCCCGCUGGGGCAGCUGCCAGAAAGCGAUCCGGCUCCCGCGGAAGAAAGGGCAGACCGCAGAACAAAGGUCGUAGAGGGAAAUCACCCGCUUCCGGUGGGAGACAGGAACAGCACCGGCAACCUCCAGUACGAGAGGUGGACUCCGUGCGCACGAAAACCGAGCUGAUGAUGAAAAGCUGCGAUCGCCUGCCGGACGCUGUUUUUGACAAGAAGGACGCGGAAAUGAUGUUGUUUUUUUCUAAACGCGCAAACAGCACCAUGAAGCAAGUUGCUGCUGACAAGUUCAACCUGACGGCACGGCCGUCGUCGCGGUCCGCGUACCACGGCUUCGCGGUGCUGUGGCGGGCUCUUGAGCGCGAGCCCGAAUACCACAUUGUGAAGGCCGCGUCGCGCUGUCUCGCCGCACGCCAGGCGUUCGAGAAGAAUUCGUGUGCGGCAGUGUUGUACCCGAACGACCAGAAUCCGCUUCACGCGUUUGCCGACGAGCAGUGGAGAGAUCCAGCGUUGUGGAAAAAGGUGACGCACGCGAAAGAAGUGAUCGCCCGGGUCGAGGACCAAUUCCGGGGCGUUGUCCAAGAGUCUCGUAUCAAGGAACUCGCGGAGAGAGGAUCUUCCGAGGCUGUCGACAGCAGCAGCACGGCGGCAACGAGUUCAGCCGGCUUCGACACCGACGACGAGGAUGCGACAGCGGACGAAAUCCGGCAGGCGGCGAAGCAGUUGGAGACCGAGAAAAGACAGCUGAAAGUCCAGCAAGCUGCCGCGAGUACGUGGCAACGGCAGCGGCAGGAGGAGCUGGCUAUGGACGAAGUGGAGCGUUUGCUAAUUGCCCAGGUCGAAGAGACGAGACUGCGGCAAAAGGAGGAGAAGGUGACUUUUUACGAACAAAAUGAAGAGGCGCAAAAAAAGCGGGCUGAGACAGAGGUACUGCGAGCGCUGGCGAAGGAAAGGGCGCAAGUAUCAGAUCAAGCACGGGCGCUGGGACUAGGAGCUCAGAAGGAGCUCACAAAAGGGCGCAAGCAUAGAAAGCAGGUUUUGAAAAGCUUGCCGAUGCAGACGAUGCUGCAAGAACCUGGUCGGGGACACGGUGCGGUGGAGCAGAUGGUGAAGGCGGAUCGAGAUGGGAAUGCGGAACUGCUGAAGAUCUACUACCAGCGACUCUGUGGCACGAAGAGCCCUACCAGACCAGAGGCAACGCCCGAAGAUCCGAGGCCACCCAAACCCAUUUGUGAUCCGGUUUUGCGCAAGGAGCACAUGCAGAAACGGCUCGCCACGCUUGGUUGCGCACAGUUUUUCAAAGACAAAGAAGCCGCCUUUCUCAAUUUUACGACGCCCGACUUGGAGCAACUUUUAGUCACUCAGGAGGACCGUCAGGCUGCUGCUGCAGCACAGACACGGCAGAAUGCUGAUGUUGAAUCAAAGGCGUUAUGCUUUUUGUACGCAUACAGGGGCUUUCGUGCGGCGUAUCGGGCGAGCGCAAAGUGGCUUUGGCUUCGGGUGCAGGUGGAUAAAGAGAACCGCGAAAAGGGCGACGCUAAAUUUGCAACCGACCCGAAGCUCCAGCACUUAAAAGCCGCGAACUUUGUCAGCAGGUCCGAAACCGACCCGGCCCAGCAACUUGCUGAGGAUAUCUUGGAAGAGUGGAAGAGGAAGGUGGUGCGGUUGGACGUGAAUUUCCAAGAAUGGAUGAACGCGAACGCCGGUUUAUUCAUGAGCGAUACCUUCACCCUUCGAGAAGAGGCAUUAGAAGGACGGGAAGAGGGCAGCCCGCAGAUGAAGCAGUUCGUAGAAAACGUCGCUCAGGCUCUGAAACGGGAGUCAGAGGGCCGCGCGACACUCUACCAGUCAUGGAACAUUCAUCUGGCCCACGAGGAACAGGGGCCCGACAAGGAUCUGCGGGCGCACCUGGCAGCAAAAGUUGAGAACAAGUUGGGCGCACUGCCUCGGGUGCUCGAAGACCGCGCGCGCUUUUUCGCAACUCAGCAUGCAGUGCAUCUGGACCCCCGUGCCAGGAAUAAGGAAAAAGCAAAAGAGGACUUCCUGUGCGAUACUGCAUCAAUUGUCGUUGCUAAAAGUUUAGCGAUGGCCACGCCAGGGGGAGAAGAGGAUAGAGCAAUGGCCGGAUGGAAGGAGCAAGCAAAACACCCCGCAAACGCAAACGAGAAAAAACGCUACAACGCUCCGGACUUCUAUUUGCACAAUUUUCAGCUUCAUGGUACGAUUGCGCAGUCGGUACUCGGUGGCACCAGUCUGAGCUCGCUUGGUGUGCACUUCGCGAUUCGAAGAGAGGCCGCGACGUACGAAGCGAGGCUCGAAGGAGAGGCCGCGGCGUACGACGCGACGAGGCAGAGGCUUCUUGACAGCCUUCAAGCCGAGCUUGCGCAACCGGGCAGCGAGAUGCAGGAACAGUUCGCCUUCCCUUUCGCCGAAUUAUUAGGCCUCCGCCCAUUUGGCAGGGCUGGUCCUUGAGCCAAGUCUUCCGUGGACGUGCUCCGUGAACCAAGCGGAAGGACCAGAACUGUUGCCAUAGUAAAGUUCUACUGCUAUCAUGAUGGAACUCUGCGACUAUGUCAAUGAAAAUCGCGACCGAGAAGUGACGUUGUAGUGUUGUAUUGGUCCUUGCUAGCAGAGGGGGCGCUGGAACGGUCACGUUGUAUUGCAAGCAUGCGAGGAAGUACAGUUUCUCUCUAAUUUACAUGACUAGUGAACUAUGUUAGUAAGAUCAUCAUGUUGAUGCAGCUAUUGUCAUCCUCAUCUUUGUUGCUUUUAGGCUAGGUAAGCAUUGGCAUUUCUCUGGUGCUGUAAAAUUAAAAUUCCACUUGGAACCUUUGAACAUAUAUGUAUGAUGCGUUUUUUACUACUGUUUAUCUUGCAUUGCAUUACCUAUUGAGAACUGAAGCACCUCCCCAGCAGAAUCCGUAUUUUCCUCCCUUCAACAAUGCGUCCAGAUCAUUCCAGUCGUGAUCUGUCGCACGAAUAAAGGUCUUGGGAUGAGAGGCCGCCCAGAGCAGUUUCCUUCGUGGAGUCCCAUUUAGAAAUCUAAGUAAUUAAUUUGACGUUUAUGAUAGCACUCUCCGUACCGCCAAAAUUAAUUAUGACUUCUUGACUACUCUUUUGCAUGGAGCAGCCCUAUAAAUAUGACGAUAAACAUUAUUUCUUCAAUACACCACCACCAGCCUCCGCUUUCUUUAUCCCAGGACCAUCCGCAAGAAAGAUCUUGCCAUGCGCAAGAAACAUGUUUUUCUUGUUAUCGAUAAAACAGAAACACGGGUUUGAGCAGGACUUCGCUCCUCCUGUAGCUCCGAACAACAAGUAGCAAACAUUUCAUUCACAAAAAAAAAAUAUCAGUAGCUGUGACAUGAUAGGUACCUUGUCAACACGAGUUGGCUGGUCAGCCACCGAUGAAGUACUGCUGCUGAAGAAGUGAAAAGCAUUUUCUGGGAAUGAAACACUGUAAAUGUUGAAACGCCCUGGGAUGUUCCAACAUUUCGAACAUUUCGGAGAUGCUCCAGAACAUUUGGAGGAUUGGGUAGUGCUUAAUACUGGUUACCCCGAAGUUUACUUAACAAAGUACGUGACCGUCACCCCGAAACGAAUGAAGGCGAAACAAAAAAG